UUUGAAUGUCGUAAUGUUUUUUAUAUUUUAUGUCGAAAUUCACCUUUAAGCGUCUCUCUGUCCCUUCAGUUUUCCUCUCUCCUCUUUCGCACAUUCUCUCUCCUCUCUCAUCGGAAGGAAAAAAACCUAAAAGGCCUGUUUAACCAGGAUUUUUUUAUGGACGACGAUGCAUUAAGCAUGAGGAAUUGGGGUUACUAUGAACAACCUCCCCUUAAAGGGCAUCUUGGUCUUCAACUUAUGUCACCUGUAACAGAGCGAGACACUAAAUCUUUCCUAUCAGGGUCCAAUAAUCCUAUUAUGGUUGCUGCCAAUGGGGCCUUUCGCCCACGGGAUUGCGUGGUUACUGAACCACCAGUCACACACAUGGACUAUGUCAGAGACAGUUGGAUAAAUCACAGAGAUAAAUUCUUGCAUAUGUUUCCUGGAAACUCUUACAAUCCGGUUUUUGCAGAACCAUCUGGAAGUCAUAGUUCCAUGCAGAUUUUAGGCCAACCUGAUACAACUGAUGAUGCUGGGGUGACAAUUGAAGAGCCAAGUGUAAAAAAGGCAGGUGGCCCUGCCAAAAAGAGGUCAGCUGCUGCUGCUGCUUUAAAGCCAACAAAAGCAAAGAAGUCAAGUAAAGUUCCAUCUGUGCCGAAGGAAAAUGGUAAUUCCUCUGUUCACCGUGCCAAAACAACAAAAAAGAAUCUUGAUGUUGUAAUAAAUGGAAUUGAUAUGGAUAUAUCUGGUAUUCCAAUUCCGGUGUGCUCUUGCACUGGUAAUCCACAACAGUGUUAUCGAUGGGGGUGUGGUGGUUGGCAGUCGGCUUGUUGCACUACAACUAUAUCUAUGUAUCCAUUGCCAAUGAGUAACAAACGACGCGGAGCAAGAAUUGCUGGACGAAAAAUGAGUCAAGGUGCUUUCAAGAAAGUUUUGGAGAAACUUGCUUCAGAAGAUUAUAAUUUCACUAACCCAAUCGAUCUGAAGACUUACUGGGCUAAACAUGGCACCAACAAGUUUGUGACAAUAAGAUAAGUUAUGACAUGGGUACCUCCACUGGAUUGCCUCCUAAUCUGAUCUAUUUUGCAUGUAUAUAUUCUGCGGCCAUCAGCAGAGGUUUUAUCUGCACUUUCAGUGAUACAUCUUUUAAAUUAGAUAUUUGUGGUUCUUAAGAACCGUUGUUUAAUUCUUCUGUUUGUUUCAGAGGCUAGCAAUUUUUCUGGCCGUGAAGAUUUGGAUUAUGAAUGAUUUCUUUCAUUUGAUUUAAUGUAUGAAAUUUGGGAUAUUUCUUUUCA